AUGAAAAUUUCUUUGUUUUCCUUUCUUUUACUACUUCUUGUUCUCUCAUCAUCUUCAUUGUCAGCAUUAGCUGAUAAUCAUGAAGUAUUCAUCCAAUGCUUAUCUCAUAAUAACCAAACAUAUUACACACCAAAUAACUCAUCUUUUUCAUCAAUCCUUCAAUUCUCCAUACAAAAUCUAAGGUUCAAUACAUCCGAAACUCCUAAACCUCUCGUGAUUGUCACCCCAGUGAGUGAAUCUGAGGUCCAACGAGUCAUUCUUUGUGCUAAGAAAAUUGGGAUGCAUGUUAGGGUUCGUAGUGCAGGACAUGAUUAUGAAGGCCUUUCUUAUGUAUCUGAGGUUCCGUUUGUUAUAGUUGACCUUAUCAACCUUAGAACAAUCAAUGUUGAUGUCAAUGAUAAGAGUGCAUGGGUUGAAGCUGGAUCAACUAUUGGUGAACUCUACUAUAGAAUCGCGGAGAAAAGUAAAACCCUAGGGUUUCCAGCUGGUGUUUGUCCAACGGUUGGUGUUGGUGGACAUUUUAGCGGAGGUGGUUAUGGUACUAUGAUGAGAAAAUAUGGCCUAUCAGCUGAUAACAUUGUAGAUGCACGAUUGGUUGACGCGAAUGGGAUGAUUCUUGAUAGGGUUUCCAUGGGGGAAGAUUUAUUUUGGGCAAUUAGAGGAGGUGGUGGUAAUACUUUUGGACUUGUCCUUGCAUGGAAAGUCAAAUUGCUAGAUGUUCCUGAGAAAGUUACAGUUUUCACACUUGACAAGACAUUGGAACAAAAUCUCACUAAGCUUAUUCAUAAGUGGCAAAAUGUUGCUCCAAGAUUCCAUAAAGAUUUGUUCAUUAGGGUCAUAAUUCGUAGAGUAGACUCAAGUGAUCAAGGUGGUAACAACAAACAAACAAUUGUAGCUUCAUUCAACUCCUUAUUCAUUGGUGGAAUCGAUCGAUUACUUCCCAUCAUGCAAGAAAAUUUCCCAGAAUUAGGGUUGAGAAAAGAAGAUUGCAUUGAGAUGAGCUGGAUUCAAUCUAUAAUGUACUUUGCAGGGUUCCCAAUACAUGGAUCUCUUGAUGUCUUGCUAAGCAGGGUUCAACCCACAACGCGUUACUUCAAGGCAAAAUCAGAUUACGUAUAUCAGCCAAUUCCAGAGGGAGGUCUUGAAGGAAUAUGGAGAUUCUUCUUUGAAGAAGAAGCUAAAUCAUCUUAUGUGAUCUUGACUCCUUAUGGUGGGAGAAUGGAUGAGAUUUCACCAUCCGCUAUACCGUUCCCCCAUAGAGCUGGAAAUUUAUACAAAAUCCAACAUUUGGUGUAUUGGGAUGAAGAAGGGGAAGAAGUAGCUGAGAGGCAUAUAAGUUGGAUAAGAAGGCUUUAUUCUUACAUGGCCCCUUUUGUUUCUAAGUUUCCAAGAGCUGCUUAUAUCAACUAUAGGGAUAUUGAUAUUGGAAUGAACAACAAGAAGGGAUAUACAAGCUAUAUGCAAGCUAAGGUUUGGGGGAUAAAGUAUUUCAAGAAUAAUUUUGAUGGAUUGGUUCAUGUGAAGACUAAGGUGGAUCCUACAAACUUCUUUUGGAAUGAGCAAAGCAUUCCUUCACUUACUAGGGAUAAAAAGAACAAAGGUGAACAAUGAAGUUAUGGUUGAACAAAAGAUCAUUACUAAAAAGUCAAGGCACUUGGUAAGACUUGUGUAGUGAUUCUUUUUAGUUUAAUUUGCUUGCUCUUUAAAAUUAUUGUAUCAUUGGUUGAUUAUAAUUAAAGGUUGUUUAAUUUAAUUUAUUGUUAUGGAUUUAUUUCUUACAUAUUUGAUUUUUAUUUUUCUCAAUAUUAAAUCAUUUCUAGCAAAUUGUUGAAACACCACGAUUGGGACUUGGGAGUGUUUCUAUUUUUCUUUUCAGAACAUUCACCCCAUUAUAAUCCAUUAUAUAGUCCAUUAUUCACCCCAUCUUAAUUAGUUCAGGUAUACUUUAAGCGAGGUUGUGCAUUGACCUUAUAAAUAGCUUUAGUUUGGACUAUACUUAUGAAGAGUAAUUAUAUAUUUCCUAAUUAUAAUACAAAACUUUAAUUUUAGAGAGGAUAAAGGUGAGCCAAAUUGAGAGUGAAAAGGUAAAGAGGUGGGGUGAGAUCGAGAGAGACGCAUCUCAAUUAAAAUUUAGACACAUAUAUACA